CAUGCGCGGUUGGUGUCACUUCCUACACUGUCCGUGCUCCUUUUCUCGGCUAGUCUCUUCUUACCAGCGGCUUUUGGCUUCCACACGUGUAGUCUUUUCUCCUUUCCUAUGUGAAUCUCGCUCUCCUGAAUCCGCGUGUGUGAAGACGGAGAAACCGGCAAGGAUGGGGGCUUAUCUGUCGCAACCGAACACGACCAAGACCUCCUCAGAUGGCGGCAACAGCACCAUGAGCUACGGCUUCUCCGCUAUGCAGGGCUGGCGGGUUUCCAUGGAGGAUGCUCACAAUUGUAUCCCAGAGUUUGACGAGGACACCGCCAUGUUUUCUGUGUAUGAUGGACAUGGAGGAGAAGAGGUAGCUCUUUACUGUUCAAAAUACCUUCCUGAUAUCAUCAAGGAGCAGAAGAACUACAAAGAUGGCAAACUACAGAAGGCGCUGGAGGAUGCCUUCUUGGCCAUCGACUGCAGAAUCACCACAGAGGACGUCAUUAAAGAGCUGGUGCAGAUCGCCGGGCGUCCCAUAGAGGAGCUAUCCGCUAAAAAAGUGGCAGACGAGGAUGAUGUGGACACAGAGGAGGCAGCUUUACUCCACGAGGAGGCCACCAUGACCAUCGAGGAGCUGCUUGUCCGCUACGGACAGAAUAAGAAUGCUAGCAAGCAAGCUGCUGCUAGCAGCACGUCCGCAAAGAAGGCAUCAGGCCAGUCUCCGAAGGCCUCUGGACACAAGGGGGAAGGUGAAGAAGGACCAAAGAAGGAGGAGGCUGUGAACGGUGAGGUGGAGGAGGAGAGCAACGGGAUGGAGAAGGACGGCGACGAAGCGACAUGCACCAAGCUGCGGGCGUGUCGCAGAAUGGUCAGCGAUGAAGGCUGCGGUGCAGCAGCCGACAGCUCAGGAAGCUCCAAUGGAGAAGAAAAGGCCGCUAAAACUGAGGUAGACGCUGGCCCCUCAUGUUCUUCGUCCUCCAAAACUGAAGGCGAUUCCAAGUCCAGAUUCUUCGAUGACAGUGAGGAGUCUGAGAGGGAAGGGGAAGACGAAGAGGAGGAGGACGAGGAAGAGGGCAGUGAUGAAGAGGAUGGCAGUGAAGAGGGGGAGGAGGCUGACAGCAGUGAGCUAGAAGAGGAAGAUACUGAAGAGGGCGAGGAGGAUUCUGAUGAUGAAGAUGUGGAGGAAAUGAGUCUCCCUGGGAUAGACGGCAAGGAGGAGCCGGGCUCAGACAGUGGCACCACUGCUGUUGUGGCUCUGAUCCGAGGGAAGCUGCUGAUUGUUGCAAACGCCGGAGACUCUCGCUGCGUGGUCUCUGAGCGAGGUAAAGCUGUGGACAUGUCUUAUGACCACAAGCCUGAGGAUGAGCUGGAACUGUCUCGCAUUAAGAAGGCUGGAGGCAAAGUAACAAUGGACGGACGGGUCAACGGUGGACUGAACCUCUCCAGAGCCAUUGGUGAUCAUUUCUACAAGAGGAACAAGGUUUUACCCCCAGAGGAGCAGAUGAUUUCGGCCAUGCCCGACGUGAAGGUUCUGACCCUCAACGAUGAACAUGACUUCAUGGUCAUCGCCUGCGACGGCAUCUGGAAUGUGUUGAGCAGUCAGGAGGUGGUCGAUUUCAUCAGCAAGAGGAUCAAACCAGACCAGAACGGCAUUGCCAGACCUCUUUCGUCCAUUGUGGAGGAGCUGUUGGACCAUUGUUUGGCCCCAGACACAUCUGGAGAUGGGACAGGAUGCGACAACAUGACCUGCAUGAUCGUCACCUUCCGACCACACUCCUGCCUCGCUCAGACCCUGUCAGACGACACGAAGAAGAGGAAGCAUCCUGAGGAGGAGGGCGAGGAAAAGGAAAAGGCGGCCGACGGGGGCGCCGAGCCCGAGAAAAACGGGAGCGACAGCAAAAAGCCCAAAAGUGACCAAAGCUAAGGAGGAACUGUUGGGGCGCAGAGCAGCUGGUCACCAGAAAUGAAGUCCUGAGCUCACGCGACGCUCUCUUCACACUGAAACAGAAUGUGUUCUGUUUUUGGUGGAUCCUUACUUUCAACUCACCCAAUUCAGUUGUUUCUGUCCUUCACUCCCAUUGGAAAGACCGCCGCCGUUCACUGGCAUUUAGAGCAUCUCGUCUUUUCCCAAGCUACAUUUGUAGCACGCUUUUGGUUGAUUCCUGCCCCCUUUUAUCUACCUGGGUUUUGUACACUUUAGUUUUCUUGGAAGCGUGAUCUUACUUCUUGUUUCUGUUCACAACUUUUAAUUUUCUCCAACACCUGCACGAUGCUCCUCGGCUGUUACACAGCGGUCAACGCCUCUGCCAAGUGCCAUAAAAGUUGCGAUAUGUAUCUAUUUGUACAUCUUUAGACUGUCUGGAGGCAGAGGGCAGAGGCCAUGUUUGCUCUCACAGGCAGUGAUGAGACCAAGUGCGUGUUUUGAGUUCAGUGCCGCAUUGGAUACGUUUUCUUCCGUGUACAUCAACGUUACUCUGCCCCUGCCCCCCUCUUUUUUUCGUCUUCAUUGUUUAAAUGUCUAAUGCAGCUUAAUUGCCAGAAUUUCUGGAAGUAAAAAAAUAUUUUAUAUCGCCCCAAACCUUCGACUUUCAUCCAGAGACAUACAUUACACAAUACUGUUUUCCAAAAUAUUUUUUUUAGAUUAGGAUUUAUUUGAAGUAAAGACAAUUUUUACCUUCAUAGCGGUAUUUCUUUCUAAGAUCUUUGUGAUCUGUGGAGACAGCACCAAGUUGGUUUUUGAGUGGUACGAUUUGAUUUCAAGAGUUUAGAAUUUGUUAGUUAUUUCUCCACUCAUUGUGACUGUAAGCUUGGUUACUCCUGUACAUAGUUUCCCCCACUUCCAGUCCUUGUACAUGAAGAUAAAAGGUCGUUUUUCUUUGUAAUUGUAAGUCAAUGUAACAUUUUCGGUGCAUUCUCUUGACACCAGUAUGUAAGUACGUUCAAAUAAAACAUUUUUUAAAUAA